GCAUGGCGGGCCCUGUUUGUGUCAGUCGGUUCCUUUAGCAGGAAUAGCAUCUUGCGGCUUCUGGGCCGGCCUCUGCCGCUGCAGUCAAUUCCAGUCCGCCGCCCGCUUGGGAACACUGGGACUGUCAGCCCACCCAUGCGCGUGUUCCACACAGCUUGCAUCAUGUGCGCAGCUGCUAGCUUGGCCGUGGUGUUCCCCUCUGUCACUGCCAUUGUGGGAAUUGCCACAGGCUUUGGGUCAGUUCUAUGGACCUUUAUCAUGCCGGUGAUCAUGAUUCUCAUUCUGAGACAUCGUGCUGAGAAGGAGCGGUCUCUGCACAAGGACUGCCAAACUUCGGGAAUCCGCGAGCGGCUCCUAUCUUCGCCCUUGAGUUCACCACCGAUGUCCCCACGGCAGUCUCCGCGCUUCUCGCCAAGCCCAUCCAUAGCAGAGAUACCGCCGAUGUCGCUGAAUGGCGAGGAGGAUUCUGAGAUUUGCAUGCACAUUGAUGAGCCUGAUAGUGGGAAGAGAAGUACUGUGGUCCUUGCAGACCGAAGUCCCGAGAAGCGGGUGAUAGAGUUGCAG